CAAAUGCAAAGUAAAGCAAAAUCAAAUAAGCGCAGCUGGAAUUAAGCAUACACUUGGACAAUCGGACAAAGUUGAAAAAUAAAAAUAUAAUUGAAGUGUAAUUUUUUAAACAAAAGUGUAAGUUUGCAACGAAAAUUGUGUGAAAAUGUGCGGAGGUUUUACUUGCUCGAAAAAUGCGCUAAUUGCGCUGAACAUUUUGUAUGUGAUGGUGGGAUUCCUGUUGAUUGGCGUUGGCGUUUAUGCGCGUGCAGCUUCCAUAGUCACAAAUCUACCGAUUGUGGGUGGCAUUUUAGCCUGCGGAGUGAUACUGAUAUUAAUAUCCAUACUCGGGCUGGCCGGUGCAGUGAAGCAUCAUCAAGUGAUGCUAUUUUUCUACAUGAUUAUUCUCUUCAUGCUCUUCCUCAUUCAAUUCUCCAUUGCCAGCUCAUGUCUGGCUGUUAAUUCGGAGCAGCAAAAAGAGUUCGCUGAGGAGGGUUGGAAUAAUGUGCCAGAUGCUAUGCGAAAACAAGUGCAGGACACAUUCCUAUGCUGUGGCUUUAAUACGACCAAUACCGAUUCAUCUUGUGAAGCAGUGGCUAAACAAUGCUGUCCGAAUUAUAUCGUAUCGAGCGAUUGCUCGUGCCCACCGUGUCUGCCUGCAUUGGAGGACAAAAUCAAUUAUGCUUUUAAAUUAUGCGGCGGCCUGGGAAUUUUCUUUAGUUUCACCGAGGUAUUGGCCGUCUUCUUGGCGCGUCGCUAUCGCAAUCAACACGAUCCACACUAUCCACCUGCGCGCGCAAUUUUUCCACACAAUUACCAGUAUUAGUAACACAAUCAUAAUUGUCGAACGAAUUGAGACGUAAAGCAGCUAGCGUAAAAUCUUCAAAUUAUGCUUUAGAAUCAUGUGAAAAAAGUUUUUGUUUAGUAUUGGACCGAUUUUGUAGCAAAACGAGUUGACUAAUACUUGUGUAGAUUGCAAUUUGAGAAUUUAUACAAAUUUAUAUUUUUAAACUUUUAAAUGGCUUACUUUUUGUUGUAAUCUGUUCUUAUUUUUACACCAUUUACUUAUGUUAAUGUAUUUGUUGUUUUCAAUUUAUUGCUUACUUUCCAUUUAUGGAAACUAAAUUUGUUUUUUUUUUUAGUUUGAUUAUUGCAGAUUCUAGUGAUUUUUAAUAUCUAAUGCAGCAAAUUGUGUUCACUUUUCCUACAAUUUGAUUUCCUUGGUUAACUUUUUGAGAUUAUUUUAUGAAAUUACAUAAAUAAACUAGAAUAGAUGUUAUUUCGUGUAUGUGAGUUAGAAAAGAACAAAAACAAAAAAAAAACAAAUUAAUAUGUACUACUAUUUAUGUAUGUAUGUUUGCUCAAUACGUAACAUUAGUUUCAAGUAGUUUGUAUGUUUGUGUAUGUAGAAUUUUAUGGUAACCAUUAACUUAAUUUUUUCAACGAUUUCGGCACUACAGGCAAUCAGAUAAAAAUGAACUAAAUAUUAUAUUAUAAAUAAUAUGAAACAAAACAAAAAUGUGUCCUAAGUCAUAUAAUUUUCUCUUAAAAAAACUAUAUUAAAAAAAAUUCAUUUAUAAACAUUUAACGUAAUUAUCAAAUUCUACUUCGGCUUCCUUGCAACAGGUGCUUAUUAACGUAUACAGACUACAUUAAAAAUACAUACACACACACACAAACAAGCACCGCAUACUCUUUAAUUUCCAAUCAUUUUAUUUUUAUAUUAAUAGCACGACACAGCAUCCUUUAUACAUUUAAAUUUUCACUCCACAUAUAUUGUAGAGAACCAAACAUAUGUACAUGCAAUAUAUAUACAUACAUACAUAUUUACACAUAUACGACAUUGUUGUUAUUGUAUGUACAUUUGCAUAGAACUUAUAUACGAUAAAGUACGAUAAUAUUUUCUGUAUUCUGUGCUGUGAUUGAAAUAAAUAUGAUCUUUAAAAUGUACACAAACAAAAAACAAAAAAAAAACAACAAUA